AUGGAUUAUAUUUCCGUGCUUCGUUUUUGCUUCACUUUGCUGCUGAUUGUAAGAGUAGCCACCCCUACUGACACCAUGCGCACAACUCAGCCAAUUAGAGAUGGAGAUAGCAUAGUUUCAGCUGGUGGGACAUAUGAAUUAGGAUUUUCCAGCCCCGGUAAAUCCAGAAACCGAUACUUGGGGAUCUGGUAUUGUAAAAUAUCGGUCCUGACGCCAGUUUGGGUUGCCAACAGAGAAACUCCACUUAACGAUUCAUCAGGUGUUGUAAUGCUUACCAACCAAGGACUUCUUGUCCUUCUCAAUCGUAGUGGAAGCAUCAUUUGGUCUUCCAACACAUCAGCACCUGCUAGGAAUCCAGUUGCACAGCUUUUGGAUUCAGGAAACCUUUUUGUGAAAGAGGAUGGUGAUAAUAACAUGGAGAACUCCUUGUGGCAGAGUUUUGACUAUCCAGGUAACACACUAAUACCGGGCUCGAAGCUAGGACGGAAUAGAAUAACUGGCAUGGACUGGCACUUGACAUCAUGGAAGUCAUCAGAUGAUCCUUCCAGAGGUAAUAUUUCAAUAAUCCUUGUUCCUGAAGGAUAUCCUGAGUAUGCAGCGGUGGAAGAUUCAAAAGUGAAGUAUCGAGGUGGGCCAUGGAAUGGUCUGGGGUUCAGUGGAUUGCCUCGGUUAAAACCAAAUCCAAUAUACACAUUUGAAUUUGUUUUUAAUGAUAAGGAGAUAUUUUACAGAGAAACUCUUGUCAAUAACUCAACGCAUUGGAGAGCCGUCGCAACUCAGAAUGGUGAUCUCCAGCUCCUUUUGUGGAUGGAGCAAAUCCAAAGCUGGUUUCUUUACGCAACAGUAAAUACAGAUAAUUGUGAGCGUUAUAACCUCUGUGGUCCAAAUGGUAUCUGUAGCAUUAACCACUCUCCAGUUUGCGAUUGCUUGAUUGGAUUUGUACCAAAAGUUCCAAGAGACUGGAAGAAGACAGACUGGUCAAGUGGUUGCGUUAGAAAGACUGCACUAAAUUGUUCCAGAGAUGGGUUUCGGAAGGUCAGAGGUUUGAAGAUGCCGGAGACAAGAAAAUCAUGGUUCAACAGGAGUAUGAACCUGGAGGAGUGCAAGAACACAUGCUUGAAGAACUGCAGCUGUACUGCGUAUGCAAACUUGGACAUCAGGGAUGGAGGAAGCGGUUGCUUGCUUUGGUUCAAUGAUUUGAUUGAUAUGAGAACUUUCGUUCAAAAUGAGCAAGACAUUUUUAUACGGAUGGCUGCAUCAGAACUAGGUAUGAAUUUUUCCUCAGAUUAG